GUAGAUUUUGGUCUUAUUGUUAAUGAUGAUUGAUAUGCAGAUAUCAGAACUCAAACAACGUUUAGAUUUGUUAAACUCUGCGUGUGAUGAGGUAUACAAUAAGUUACUUCUAGUUUUUGGUGCAGUCCAUAUCUUUCUUAGACAUAUUCUCCUCUUGCUUGUUGAUCAGGUCCGUUCUUCACAAAAGCUAAAGGAAAUUAUGAAAAGGAUUGAUUACCUAGGGAAAAAAAACCAAGGACCUGCGAGGGGUAAGACCAUUGCUAUGCGUUCUCCAGGCGUUACAGUGGGAUUCAAGUUAAAAAAUCUAUUAAAUGUAGGCCACACACGUGGUGCUAGCAGCAUGCAACAUCUCUGCAAGGACCUUGCUUCCAAGGAAUCAGAUCUAAUGGACUUCCAUAAGGAUCUUGAAAGUCUUGAAUCAGCUUCAAAGAUACAACUGAAGUCGCUGGAUGAGGAUAUGCAAGCUAUAAUCAAAGGAUUAAACAUACUGAACCAGGAGCUCACUGCAUCCGAUAGUGAUGGUCCUGCUUCUGAAGUAUUCCAUAAAUUACUGAAGGAACUUGUUUCCAAGGCUGAGACUGAAGUGGCAUCUGUAUCAAGUCUUUACUCCGUUGUGGGAGAGAAUGUUGAUGCACUUGUUUACUACGUUGGCGAGAAUCCCAUACAUUGUCCAUUUGAACAAGUUACUGCAAACCUCGUGAAUUUUGUAAGGUUGUUUAAGAAAGCACACGAAGAGAAUGUCAAGCAAGCAGACUUGGAGAAGAAAGAAGCUGCUAAGGAUAAGAAAGUGAAGAAGGGAACAGGACUCAGUCUCACAAGAAAAGUGAUUGACCCUGACAGAGCCGAUAAUUUGGAAAUUAUGCUUUGGAGAGUAAAGAUGCCACUGCCUGAUAUGAUGGCUGCAGUUCAGGCAAUGGAUGAUACUGUACUAGAUAUUGAUCAGAUAGAGAAACUUAUAAUGUUUUGUCCAACCAAGGAAGAGAUGAAACUUCUUAAUAACUACACUGGUGACAAGGAAAGGUUGGGAAAGUGUGAGCAGUACUUCCUAGAGCUAAUGAAGGUUCCCCGAGUUGAAUCGAAGCUGAGAGUAUUUUCCUUCAAGAUUCAAUUCCACACUCAGGUAGAAGAAUUAAGGAAAAGUUUAAAUGUGGUAAAGUCUGCAUGUGAGGAGAUCCGUUCUUCACAAAAGCUGAAAGGAAUUAUGAAAAGGAUUCUUUACCUGGGGAACACAUUGAACCAAGGAACUGUGAGGGGCGCUGCAGUGGGAUUCAAGUUGGAAAGUUUAUUAACAUUAAGCGAUACACGUGCUGCUAACAGCAAGAUGACUCUCAUGCAUUAUCUUUGCAAGGUCUUUGCUUCUAAGGCGUCACAUCUACUAGACUUCCAUAAGGAUCUUGAAAAUCUUGAAUCAGCUUCAAAGAUACAAUUGAGGUCGCUGGCUCAGGAAAUGCAAGCCAUAUCCAAAGGGUUGGAAAUACUGAACCAGGAGCUCACUGCGUCCGAACGUGAUGGUCCUGUUUCUGAAGUUUCCCAUAAAAGACUGAAGGACUUCAUGCAUAUUGCUGAGAUUGAAGUGAGAGCUCUCAUAAGGCUUUACACAGAAACGGGAAGGAAUGCUGAUUCACUUUUGCACUAUUUUGGCGAGGAUCCAUGCCGCUAUUCAUUUGAAGAAGUUACUGGGACUCUUGCCAAGUUUAUAAGGUUGUUUAAGAAAGCAAACGAAGAGACUGUCGAGCAAGUGGAGUUGGAGAAGAUGGAAGCCGCUAAGGAAGCGAGAAUGAAGAUGGCGAAAGGAGCUGGUUGCAAUAAAAGAAAAGAAGUUGAUAUAAUAACUGACCCAUAAACUUGUACAAAGUAACUUUGGUGUGGGAACUCGGAGAGCGAUGUAAAUAUUUUAAUACAAAAAGUAUUUUAACAUUUGAAAGAACAUUAUUAUCUGGAUAUUUUUGGUCUAGAAAA